AGCAUGUAAGGCUUCGCAGGCACACACCAUUAGCCCGCCUGGAAAGAAACUUUGAUCAUUCUACCUAAGCACGUAUAUGAACCUCACAAUUGUAUUUUAUUUUUUCGCCAUGCAGACCUGCUAGCUUAUUAUUAUUGCAACCAUUAAAAGUGGAACAAAAACUUCCGCCAUCCACUCUAGUUUCCGCUUCCGGGUCCUGACGCGGGCGCUCAUUUCCGCCGGAUCAUUGAUUUGAUUCAAUGAGAUUGUAGAGGGAGAUAUAGUCAUUUUUGUGUCUUGUUUUCCCAGUCCCACUACUCUUUUCUGCCCUAAAAGUUGGAUCCGCGUUCGCGAUAAGAAGUCAUGAAGUUAGUAAGGUUUUUGAUGAAAUUAAGUCAUGAAACUGUGACAGUGGAACUGAAGAAUGGCACGCAAGUGCACGGCACAAUCACAGGGGUAGAUGUGAGCAUGAACACACAUCUAAAAGCCGUUAAAAUGACCGUGAAGAACAGAGAACCUGUUCAGCUGGAGACCUUGAGUAUUCGAGGGAAUAAUAUACGCUACUUCAUUCUUCCAGACAGUUUGCCCCUUGACACUUUACUUGUUGACGUGGAGCCAAAAGUAAAGUCAAAGAAAAGGGAGGCUGUUGCUGGAAGAGGAAGAGGGAGAGGCCGUGGUCGAGGCAGAGGCCGAGGAAGAGGUCGAGGAGGCCCAAGGAGAUAACCAAUAAAUGUGAAAAUGUCACCAUUUGAAGAUGUUUUUGUACAGUUUUUUUUUCCAUACCCAAAUGCACACAAAUACUUGAUGUUACUUGUACACUGUACUAGUUAAGUACUCAUUGCAGCUUAUUUACUAAUGCAGGGUGAUGUGUGUUGGUGCAGUAGCCAUACAGAAUUAGUUUUGAUCUACUGGAGGUAGAAAAAAAAAUGCAAUUAGUUGCUAUGUGUUAUUGCACAGGUGCCACUUUGCCCAGUGUUAGUAAAAUAUCCCAAUUGUGUGCAUUGCAUCCCUGCAGCAGAGUUAUAGAAGUCCUUUUGAUGUGAUUUUCUUCUCUGCUUGUUCACCCCAGUUAUAGCUUGUUUGUGUUUUCCUUGCACUGGGCAAACACAAGUAUUUUUCAGUUUGCUAUUUAAAUUCACGCGGCAAAUAAAUUUUGGGGGCUGCAACUGUAAUUCGGUAAUUGGUAUAAAACAUUGGCAUAGUUUUUGUUUUUUGUAAUUGAGGCAUUUUUUCUUUGUUUUUAAUGCAUUUAAGUUGCAUUUGAAAGCCUAAUAAAGCAGGUUUUUCAUA